GUGCAACAUAAAUCUGCCCGUCUCGAGGAUCUGCUUAGGGUUUCCAUUAUCAGCUUUCAUUCGCGAGCCACCUCUUCCUCUCUUAGCCGCUCUGCACUGCCGACGGAGGCCGCUUCCAUGGCGGAGGAGCUCCGCUGCUCUUCUCGACCCGACAACAAGCGAAAGUUCGGCGAUCGAUCCGCGAGGGCCUCCCUCUCGCCGCCGGCGAGGCGGUCGACGGGCUUCUCGGCACCGAUCGCCUCGUCGUCCCCCGAGGGUGGCGCCCCCAUCCAACCAUCCUACAAUAGCGUCUCCCUGCCCCUCGAUGGGAUCGAGCUUGCGAAGCAACGGGCCCAGGAGAUCGCCGCGAGGCUUUUCAGCGACGCUGAGGCCAAGCGCCCUAGGAUUGAGGACGGAGGAGGCGUGGAAGAUUCGAGAGAAAAGGGUUUUGGCUCUUUUCCGAAUGAUUUUGCAAAGAAGCCUUUUAGCCAUCCUAUACCUUCUCAGGUUGGCAUGACUUCCCAGUCAUUUCACACGUAUGGUUAUCAGGGUACAAGCAAAACGAUUGAGAUCCCGAAUGGAAGGGUUGGCGUAGUCAUUGGCAAAAGUGGAGAGACAAUUAAAUAUCUUCAGCUUCAAUCGGGAGCAAAGAUUCAAGUUACUAGAGAUUUGGAUGCAGAUCCUAAUUCACAGACUAGAUCGGUAGAACUUGUUGGUACCUCUGAACAGAUUAGCAAGGCUGAGCAGUUAAUAAAUGAUGUGCUUGCUGAGGCUGAUGCUGGGGCUUCUGGCAUCAAUUCAACUCGUAAACAUGGCAGUGUUCAACCUGGUGCUGAGCAAUUUCAGAUGAAAGUUCCAAACAACAAGGUUGGUCUGGUGAUUGGCAAAGGUGGUGAGACCAUAAAAAAUAUGCAAGCUAGAUCUGGUGCACGUAUCCAGGUGAUGCCUUUGCAUCUAUCACCUGGUGAUACAUCAACUGAAAGAACAGUGUAUAUAGAUGGGACAAAUGAGCAGAUUGAAUCAGCAAGACAAUUGGUCAAUGAAGUUAUUAGUGAGAAUCGUAUGAGGAAUACAGCUAUGUCUGGAGGGUAUCCUCAGCAAGGUUACCAUCCACCUCGUCCUUCGACAAGUUGGGGUCUGCCUGGUGCACCUCCCAUGCAGCCGCCUGGUUAUGGUUACAUGCCUCCUGGAUCUUAUCCUGGGCCACCACCUCAGUCUAAUAUGCCCCAGCCACCUUAUGGUGGCUACCCCACACCUGCAUCGACAGGUUUCUCUUCUGGGUGGAACCAAACACCCAAUCAGCCUACUCAGCAAACUGCACCAGGAGCUGGAUAUGAUUAUUACAAUCAACAAUCACAGCAGCAGCAGCAGCGACAACAGCCUCUUGGGGGAUCUUCUGCGCUUGCGGAUAGCACAAGUUACAACUAUGGACAGCCUCCUCCUGAUUACAACAAUCAAGUGUCCUAUGGUGAUGCUGCUUACUCCCAGGCUUCUAUGGGGCAACAAGGUUAUGUGCAGGAUGGAUACUCCAGUGUCUAUAAUUGUUCCGCAUCUCAACCUGGUUAUUAUCAGCCUACGUUGGACCCCCAAAAUGGAUUUGAUCAACAGGGCUAUGGUUCAGCUUUUGGCUAUGGAACGGUGGCUAAUCCAUGUGAAGAUGGAUCCGCCUCUGCUUACAGUGCUGAGGGUGGGUCUACUCAAGCACCUCCAACUCAACAAGCCCCUUCAAGUCAGCCUUCUGCUACCCAAGGGUACACAGGUCAACCACCACAAACACCAAUUAGUACCACUGCAAGUUAUCCUACCCAAGGAACAGCACCAUCUGGAUAUGGUAUUCCCCCAACAUCACAGCUAGGACAUGGGAGUCAGAUCCCUACUAUGGCUGGAUAUGGCCAAGUACCAUCUCCUAGUUAUGGGCAGCCUUCUCGGGUCCAGGACCCGCCAGGUACUCAGGGUGUUUAUCAACAAGGUCAACAGACUGUGUCUACUGAAGCUGGCUGUGUGCAGAGUGCUCCCGUGCAACCAGGAUAUAAACAAGCUCCAUCAUCUCAAGCUGGUUAUGGGCAACAACAAACCUAUGGCGUGUCACCGCAUAACCAACCAGGUUAUGGUCCACAACAGCAGCAACCAUACAGCGAUUCUUAUGUUGGUGAUGUCCAUUCACAGCCUCCUGCAUACUCUAAUGACAAUGCUGCACAAGGGGCCUAUGAUGCAUCUACUGCUCCACCUGCUGUUUCAAGUGGUGCAGCAAUAACUAAGUCACCCACAACUUGAUAUUGCCUGGGUUAUCGGGACUUUCACUGGUAUUCAUGUGUCUCGGACCCUCGUUGGAGAUUGAAGUGCUAUCUGCCCAAGAAAGGCAAUGUUCUGGUUAAUCAAACAGAAAUUUGUUCUGGUUAAUCAAACAGACAUUCCUGGUCGCUGUGAUGCUGGAUAGAUUGAACAGAACUUGAGAAAUGCCAGAAUCAAAUCUUUGAAGAAUGCUGAUGCUGCUUAUUGUUGGAUUCUUCUUGCCUGGUUCUGUAUUGGUGAGGUUGUUGGGGGUCCUCCGCACCAAUUUGAUGCUGAACCCUAUCAAACCAACCCUCUGCGUUUGUCAUGUGGGUUGCCCAAGGUGGUUUCCUUCCCUGUUCAGGAGUCUGCCCACUAUAAUUUUAUUGUUCCAGCCCCAGUUUAGUUUGGAAAUGGAAAUUCCUAAAUUUUCUCA